GAAACCCGUGGAUAGAAGAGAGAAAAUCUAAACGAAAAUUAGUGAUAAUCAUUUUCUAUCUGAUUGAAAAUUGAAAAUUUCGUCAUAUUCAGCCGUCGUGACACCGUUUUAAGAGACAGAACUACUUGGAAAAGCUGUAUGGAUUAAAAUAGUCAUAAAAGUUUUUGAUGUGAACCGUUUGCUGGUGUGUUUUACAAGUUUUCUUUUUUCGUGAGCCCCACCUGCCAUUCCCUUGCAGUAUGGUGCAGGAAAGUGUAGCAGAGAAGUGAGAAGAUAUUCCGUACCUCCAAGUUCCACGGUACCCUUAUCUAUUUCCCCAGGAAGGCGGGUUGCUUCCAAACAUAAGUGCUAGUCGAUCGUUGUACGUGGCCACUAGGAGAGAACAUGAAACAAACGAUAGAAAUUAACGAAAAGCAAACGGCCUCAGACCAAAAGUGAAGGUUUACGAGUCAGAAAGUAACCCAAAAUUGAUUCGAAGUGAGUGGAAUUGACAGAAACAGAAGAAAAGUGGUGAAAGGACACUCGUCUCCCGUGGAUUGGUUCCGGCCUUCUUGAACAUGCCAACACCAGUCGCUAGUGGUAUCAUCAAAUCUUCGAUCGGCACCACAAUCAACAGCAGCGGUAGCAGCAAAACGAAAGAAAUGUUCAUCGUACGGGCGUUGGAGAAAAUCCUUAGCGACAAGGACAUUAAACGGUCCCAUCAUUCGCAGCUCAAGCGGGCCUGCGAUGCGGCUUUGGAGGACAUCAAGGAAGAGCUGAAAGAAGCAGGUCAAAGUAGCGAGCAAAAUGGGGAAAUUCCAGUCCCUUCGGCGGCGCUGCCGUUGCCGAAAAACGAUUCAGCCAAUAUCGUCAACGCGGAGAAAUACUUUCUACCGUUCGAGCUUGCCUGUCAGAGCAAAACACCUCGAAUCGUGGUCACCGCACUGGAUUGUCUCCAGAAGCUGAUUGCCUAUGGACAUUUAACGGGAAAUAUACCGGAUUCUUCCAAUCCGGGCAAAUUUCUUAUCGACCGGAUUGUGACAACGAUUUGCAACUGCUUUAUGGGUCCGCAGACAGAUGAAGGGGUCCAGUUGCAGAUUAUAAAGGCAUUGUUGACGGUUGUAACCUCGCAGCACGUUGAAGUGCAUGAGGGAACUGUGCUGCAGGGAGUGCGAACAUGUUAUGAUAUUUAUCUAUCCAGCAAAAAUCUGAUCAAUCAAACAACUGCGCGCGCUACCUUGACACAAAUGUUGAAUGUGAUUUUCACGCGCAUGGAGAACCAAGCAUAUGAGGUGUCGAAUGGAGGAGGAUUAUCCAGCGGCGCCGCGGCUGUGGCAAUACAAGAAGAAGUUGUGACACCAGUCGCUGUGGAGGAAAAGCAUCCGGAUUAUGAUAUGAUUCGAGCGAUUGUCGAUGAAAUUGUAGAUAACGUUAUUUCGACGGCUGCUGCUAUGGUUGAAGGAAACGGUGGGAAGAGUGCCGAAAGCGUGGACGCGGAAACUGGCAGCAUCGGAGGGGUAUCGAUUGGAGCUGGAACAGAUAGCACAUCAAUUGCACGAGUUCCAUCGCAGGAAAGCAUGGAGGUCACCAGCGAAAAUGACAGCGUUGUUACAGCCAAAUUCACACAUAUUUUGCAAAAAGACGCUUUUUUGGUGUUCAGAGCGCUGUGUAAAUUAUCGAUGAAGCCUUUACCCGAAGGACAUCCCGAUCCAAAGUCACAUGAGCUGCGGUCAAAGAUUCUUUCUUUGCAUCUAUUGCUGUCGAUUUUGCAAAAUGCUGGACCCGUUUUUCGGUCCAAUGAAAUGUUUAUUAUGGCUAUCAAGCAGUACUUAUGCGUGGCUCUGUCUAAAAAUGGCGGAAGUUCCGUACCGGAGGUUUUUGAGCUAUCGUUGUCGAUUUUCGUGGCACUGUUGUCCAAUUUUAAGAUUCAUUUAAAAAAGCAAAUCGAAGUUUUCUUCAAAGAAAUUUUUCUUAAUAUUUUGGAAGCAACCAGUUCUUCGUUUGAGCACAAGUGGAUGGUGAUACAAGCACUUACACGAAUCUGUGCCGAUGCCCAGAGUGUCGUGGAUAUCUACGUUAACUACGACUGUGAUUUUUCAGCAGCAAAUCUGUUUGAACGGUUGGUUAAUGUCCUGUCUAAAAUAGCUCAAGGAAGACAGGCGCUAGAGCUGGGCACAUCAGUUAAUCAAGAAAAAUCAAUGCGUAUCCGAGGGUUGGAAUGCUUGGUAUCCAUUUUGAAAUGUAUGGUUGAAUGGAGCAAAGAUUUGUACGUUAAUCCGAAUUCUCAAACGACGCUAGGAGAUCCACCACCAACAACAGUAGGGGGAAGCCGAAGCAUGGAUGAGAUACAAGAACCAAUGAAAUCUCACGGUGGAUCGACAAUAAGCAUAAACUCGGUCGGAAGUACCAACACCUCUGGUGGAAACCGGGAGGUACUUGAUUUACCAGAGGAACUAGAAGAACGAAAACAGCGAAAAGAGGUUAUGGAAACCGGAAUCGAUAUGUUCAAUCGUAAGCCAAAGAAGGGCAUCCAAUUUCUACAGGAACGUGGCUUGCUUGGUACGAGUUCCGAAGAUAUCGCCAAAUGGUUGCACGAGGACGAGCGAUUGGAUAAAACACAAGUUGGAGAUUAUUUAGGCGAAAACGAGGAACAAAGUAAAGCUGUCAUGUGCGCCUAUAUCGAUGCAAUGAAUUUUGCCGAAUUGGAUAUCGUUGCAGCAUUGCGAUACUUUUUGGAAGGUUUUCGAUUGCCAGGAGAAGCCCAGAAAAUAGAUCGUUUGAUGGAAAAGUUUGCCAGCAGAUAUUGUGACUGCAACCCGAACAAUACCCUUUUUGCAUCGGCCGAUACAGUAUACGUUCUCGCUUUUUCGGUUAUUAUGCUAACUACGGAUCUACAUUCGCCGCAAGUUAAACAUAAAAUGACUAAAGAACAGUACAUUAAAAUGAACCGGGGUAUCAGUGACAACAAAGAUCUACCGGAAGAAUACCUUUCACAGAUUUAUGAUGAAAUUGCUGGUCAUGAGAUCAAAAUGAAAAAUACUGUGGCCAGCAAACCGGGCAAGCAGAUAAUUGUAAACGAAAAGAAACGUAAACUUUUGUGGAAUCUGGAAAUGGAAUCACUGUCCACGACAGCAAAAAAUCUAAUGGAAUCAGUAUCACAUGUUAAGGCACCUUUCACAUCUGCAAAACAUUUGGAACAUGUUCGACCGAUGUUCAAAAUGGCUUGGACAUCAUUUUUGGCCGCCUUCUCGGUAGGAUUACAGGAUUGUGAUGAUCCCGAAAUUGCUAGCUUAUGUUUGGAUGGUAUCCGGUGUGCUGUAAGAAUUGCUUGCAUUUUCCACAUGACCUUGGAAAGAGAUGCUUAUGUUCAGGCUCUCGCUCGCUUUACAUUACUUACAGCUAACUCCCCUAUCAACGAAAUGAAAGCUAAGAACAUUGACACGAUCAAAACGUUGAUAAUGGUGGCUCAUACCGAUGGAAAUUAUCUCGGCUCUAGUUGGUUGGAUAUUGUAAAAUGCAUUUCACAUCUGGAAUUAGCUCAGCUCAUUGGAACAGGAGUGCGUCCCGAAUUCUUAUCUGGACCGGCUUCGCACCGAGACUCGCUUGAUCCGUCCGUUAAAGAACAUAUUGGUGAAACUAGUUCGCAAAGUAUCGUUGUAGCUGUUGAUCGAAUUUUCACCGGAUCCAUUCGAUUGGACGGCGAUGCCAUUGUGGAUUUUGUGAAAGCACUGUGCCAAGUUUCUCUGGAUGAACUUACUCGACCACAGCCACGCAUGUUUUCGCUUCAAAAAAUUGUUGAGAUCUCUUAUUACAAUAUGGGACGUAUUCGUUUGCAAUGGUCCCGAAUUUGGCAGAUUCUGGGAGAACAUUUCAAUGCAGUUGGAUGUAAUAACAACGAAGAAAUUGCUUUCUUUGCGCUGGACUCGCUGCGACAACUAUCUAUGAAGUUUAUUGAGAAGGGAGAAUUCACGAAUUUCCGAUUCCAAAAGGAUUUCCUAAGGCCUUUUGAGCAUAUUAUGAAGAAAAACAGUUCUCCAGCAAUACGAGACAUGGUAGUGCGUUGUGUAGCACAGAUGGUCAAUUCCCAAGCUCAUAAUGUGAAGUCGGGUUGGAAAAAUAUCUUCUCCGUUUUCCAUUUGGCUGCUGGUGAUCAUGAUGAGGCAAUUGUGGAGUUAGCAUUUUUGACAACUGGAAAAAUUAUUACCGACUUGUAUCAGUCACAGUUUCCCAUAAUGAUCGAUUCAUUCCAGGAUGCUGUAAAGUGUUUGUCGGAAUUUGCGUGUAAUGCUAAAUUUCCCGACACCAGUAUGGAAGCGAUUCGUUUGGUGAGAACUUGUGCUCUUUGUGUUAACGAUGCUCCGAAUCUUUUUGCUGAACACGCCGGAAUGGAAAAUGAUGUGUCUGUCCCGGAGGAAGAUCGAGUUUGGGUUCGAGGAUGGUUCCCUAUGCUGUUCUCAUUAUCAUGUGUUGUCAAUAGAUGUAAGCUAGAUGUUAGAACACGUGGUCUAACGGUGUUAUUUGAAAUUGUCAAAACUCAUGGCGACGCCUAUAAACCAAACUGGUGGCGUGAUUUGUUCAACAUUCUGUUUAGGAUAUUCGACAAUAUGAAGCUACCUGAGCACCACACGGAGAAAGCCGAAUGGAUGACUACGACUUGCAAUCAUGCACUCUACGCAAUCAUAGAUGUAUUUACGCAAUACUUCGACAUUCUCGGUCCAAUGUUGCUGAAAGAUCUGUACUGUCAACUCCAUUGGUGCGUGCAGCAGAACAAUGAACAGCUUGCUCGAUCUGGCACCAACUGUUUGGAGAAUUUAGUUAUAUCAAACGGUUUGAAAUUUGACGAGGAAACUUGGGAUAACACAUGCCGAUGUAUGCUGGAUAUCUUUAAUAGCACACUACCGAACGAAUUAUUAUCCUGGAAACCUGAUCCACUUCCACAAAGCUUUAACCACACCCCUCAUUAUCCCCCACAUAACGGUGAUUUACCACGUCAUGGUAUACUGAAACGAUCAUCUUCACAACACUCUGUUCACAAUCAACUCGACAUUCAAGAUCCUGCGUUGAAAGCAACCGACCUGAAUCACACCUCGGUUCUCUUCUCAAAUCUUCUCAUCAAAUGCGUUGUCCAGCUUGAACUUAUCCAAACAAUCGACAACAUAAUCUUUUUCCCUGCCACCUCGCGUAAAGAAGAUGCUGAAACAUUAGCACAGGCGGCAGCCGAGCUCAGUCAUAGCUCCACCAAUUCCGUUGGAUCCAAUUCCCUUCUUAAUCAUUCUAUUUCGACCGAAGAAUGUCAACGAGAAGAGCAAGGAAUGUACAGCUAUCUGAAUACCCCGCAUCUACUUCAACUGAUCGAUUGCCUAUUGCAAAGCCAUCGUUUUGCGAAAAAAUUCAACUCCAAUCACGAACAGCGGAACGUGCUAUGGAAAGCAGGUUUCAAGGGUUCCCUCAAACCAAAUCUACUCAAACAAGAAACCCAAUCUUUGGCUUGUGUGCUGCGGAUUUUGUUCAAAAUGUAUAGCGAUGAAAGUAGACGCCGCGAUUGGCAAGACAUAGAGAAGCGACUCAUAGCCGUUUGCACUGAAGCGUUGGACUACUUCCUGUCUCUCCAGAGCGAGCCGCAUCGCGACACCUGGACGUCGCUGCUCCUGCUGGUGAUGACGCGAUUGCUCAAAAUGCCUGAUUCAAGGUUUGCGGCCCACAUAUCCAGCUACUACGUGCUGCUGUGUGAUCUGAUGUGCUUCGACCUGAAACCUGAACUGCGAACUGUCCUGCGGAGGGUGUUUCUACGCAUAAGUCCGGUGUUUGGAAUCUCCAAUGCAUCCGUCAGUAGCACCUAGUAUCAGCGCCAAAGUGGUUCAUCGGUUCGGCCGGUGAUUCCGCGCAGCUUUACCGGCUGUAGAGUUUCGUUUUUAGGUCAAAGUGGCAGCUGUAGCAGUACUAACAACAGUGAUAGUCGUAAUUCUAAUGGUAGAUCCAAUUGUAACAUCAGUUCUAGAAACCUUGAGAGGAAAUGUCGUUGCGCAACUGUGGUCUCUACCGGCAUUCAGUCUCAGUCAUUAAAUCAGGGCAGUUGGAAUAAAAAUUUGAAGCUGUAGUCAUCUUGAUAUGACGCUAUAAACUGUUCCGAGCGAUAAAUUUUUAAUUUUAUUUGGACAUAAUAAGUUGUUUUGUGUGAUAAUCUGUGAAGCGAUUAUGUUAAAAUAGUUGACAAAAUUUAUCCUUUUAAUGAUUUAUGGUCGUUUUUGAGUUUAAACAUCCAAUCUAUAGUUGAUAAGAAACGAUUGAAGCUAAGAAUUUGCAUAUUUUGAUACCCAAAAAUUGACAAAUUCUUAAAAUGUGAUUAAUCUUACUUAGCUGUAUUAGCAUUGAUUUAUAUUUUUUUCUAUAGAAACAAUGGAAACAGAUGCAGUGCUCUUUUCAAAAUGUCACUCGGCUGACCGCAAAUUUCUUUAAUCUAAGAAGAUAGCAGAAGUUUUAUGUUUAGUAUGGUUUUCGGACUCAAAGCCUAUAUUUACGUUCCACUAAAUUUUCAAAAGUAAAAAAAACUAAACACAAAAUAGUGAUCAAAAUUUUUAUAGAAUCAAAAUAGACAACUCCAUAAUAAUGAAAAAUAGCACCCACAAAACAAACUACCACACGAAACGUAGCAGGUUGAACUAAAAACUUAUUAUAGAGUAUCAUUAUAUUUCAGUUUAAAUCUUCCGUCAGACAACUGGAAACUUAUACAAACAUAUGCAAUAGACAGUAACCUAUUGAACAAGUAUUUAUUAGCAAAAAAAAAUAAACCAGGGGGCAAAAGAUGUGAUUAGAACAAAUUUGUUAUUCUUAAUGCUGUAAGCAUGGAUGAGAAAUCAAGGUGAAAAAAAAAACAUUCAACAAGUUUAAACCAAACAAAUUAACACAAGUUUUUCUUUGGUGGAAUGCUCAUCGCUGGUAAAUGGGCUGCAAUGCUAAGUUUGGAAAAAAAAGCUUCUGCGUACCUAUUUGCUUUCGAAAGUUUUAGUUUAACACGUCAUAACAUAAAGUUUGAGGUGUGGAUAGAUGCGUAAAAAGUUUAUCUUUCUGUUGUAUCUACACAACCAUAAUGAUGGAUAUACAGUAUAUUAUACAUUUACAUGCAUAUUAGAUAUCAUAAAAUAAAGCGCUAGAAAAUG